GCCCGUCACAUGUGCUACGCUGUAGGGCAAGCAGGGACAGUUGCAGGCUGAGCAUUGGAGAAGCAAGAGUAUUUUCUACUUUACAGGAGCCAGAGAGAGGAAAGAGGUGAGGAGCUGGUUUCAGGUGCCGGAUGAUCCUGGUAUUGUGCUCAAAGCUAACACCGCCCUCACUGAGACCCCCCGCGCGGCUCUGUCUCUGUUCACCAGGCUGUGCCCCAAAUGGGCCUGUACCCCACCAGCGGCCUCUGCACCUCUCGCCUGGGAGGGAAGAGAGGGCGGCUGUGCCGAAAGCUGAGGUACCUCCUGGCCAUCCUUAGAACCCUCCCCCAUCUGACCAAACCGCCCCUGCCCCAGGAGCUCCGUAGCUGUGCUGUGCUUCCCUUAGCUCCGCCCCCCAGCUUGGUUAGGCACGCUCAGUUGAGGCACGCGAGGUCAGACGGGGGGAGCUUUAGCUGCCUUCCCAGCAGUGCCUUCUCCAGGAGAGGCCUUGAAUACAAACCCUGGCUGUGUGAAUCAGCUGCUAGGAGCUACUCCAACUCCAGCAGGGACAGCCUCAAAGGAGAGGCCCCCAUCGGGGUUUGGGAGGAGACCAAAGGAGCGCUUCAGCUCAGCUACCUGGGGGCGCGCCUCGGGGAGUCUUUCCAGUAUCUGUCCAAGCACAUCAACGCCUACUUCAAAGGGGAAGAAGAGCGAGUUCAGACCCUGCCCAAGAGGGCUGGGGUUGGACAUGGGGCACAGGGGUCAGUGGGAGGAAGACUGAGGCGCUCCUACAGCCAGAGACAGGCCAAAGACAAACAGGAGGGCGAGGAAGGGGAACGGAGCGUGCCUCCGGAACAGGCGCAGGUGCAGGAGGUGUUAGAGGAGCAGACAUCAGCGCAGCCUCCAGCCCAGGCCCACCGAGGCAUUCACCUGUUCCACAUCAGCUCGCUGGCCAACAGGUUCGGGGAGAGCUACAGCUAUGUGGCCCGCCACAUCAACUCCGUCUUCUCUGUGGGGGGUCCGGCCUCGGAGGUCCAGAGCCAGGCACGCGAGGAUGAGACGGUACUGCUGAGAACAAGGCGGAGGAGGAGAAAGACGAUAAAAGUGAUCAGCCAAGCGGGUCGUGUGUAUAAGGUGUCUGAGAGAGAACCAGACUUUCGAUCAGUGAGGGCUGAGGACUCCAGGACGGAAGAGGAGGGCCAUCUUUAUCUUGCCCAACGCAUCAACAGCUACUUCAGCGCCAAGAUGACCGACUCACCCCCAGAACCGGCGCCACAGAAUAGGACGGUCAUCACACCAACCAGCGCAGUGAGCCAGCAGCAUUCAGGCUCCUCCCCCGGGGCUCCAGUAACCAAUCAGGAGUCCCUGGCGCCCAGAUCCCCCGGUCUGUUCCAUAUCAGUAACCUAGCAACCAGCUUCGGGGAGAGCUACGCGCAAAUGGCCAACCACAUCAACCAAUACUUCAAAGGUCCGGAGGGCCGAGCAGAGGAGGCGGAGCUGGAGCAGGACAGGGUGGAGCUGGGGCACUGGGGGGAGGUGGGAGGCGCUGUUGAUCCUCCCCAGCAGAAGCCCCUGUCCUUCAUGCAGUGUCUCCUGGAGCCUCGGACGGCCAUCCCAGAUCUGCUGAGGAGCUACCUCCAGGGGGGCUCACAGAGCCAGAUGGCUCAGCCUGCGCCCCAGGCCUUGCAAGAGGAGACCGCGUGGAGCUGCAACAACAGGCCACGGGUUUUUGGCAGGAAAGAGGCAGAGAAUAUGACCCGGUUUCUGGUCGGCAGAGUCCAGCAGGCUGACAACCACACUUCCCUGGCCGCCCGUAUUGAGGCCCUCAACGAACAUCUCAUCCAGUACCCAGCAUGCAAAGUGGUAGCGUGGCAGGAGAGGGCUGUGCUCAUCCUCCUGGGUCAGAGACGUUGCUAUAGAGACAACCAAGAACUUCAAGGUGCCAUAAGAGAGGCCUUGGCUCUGAUUGGCUAUGUGGAUUCAGUCAAAGGUCGCGGGAUAAGGAUUCUUUCCAUCGAUGGUGGAGGCACAAGAGGGGUCGUGCCACUGCAGGUCCUGAAGCGGCUGGAGGCGGCGACGGGGAGGCAGGUGCACCAGCUGUUCGACUACGUGUGCGGCGUGAGCACAGGAGCAGUCCUAGCCUUCAUGCUAGCAUUGGCCCGUAUCUCUCUCGAGGAGUGUGAGGAGUUGUACCUUCGUUUCGGGUCAGACAUUUUCCGGCAGAACCCCUUUGUUGGCACAGUGAAGAUGGGCUGGACCCACUCCUACUACAACACCGCCACAUGGGAAGGGCUGCUGAGGAAGAUGAUGAGUGACAAAGUGUUGAUUAAGACUGCAAGGGACCCACAGAGUCCAAAGGUGUCGGCCGUCAGCGCCGUGGUGAACUGGGGGACCACGCCCAAGCCCUUCAUCUUCCGAAACUACAACCACGCCCCGGGUCGCCUCAGCCGCUACGCAGGGGCUUCUGGGUACCAACUCUGGCAAGCUGUGCGGGCAUCGUCUGCCGCCCCAGGGUACUUCCAGGAGUUUCCCCUCCAGAGUGACAUACACCAGGAUGGGGGCCUCAUUCUUAACAACCCCUGCGCCUUGGCCAUUCAUGAGAGCCGCCUGCUCUGGCCCACCCAGCCCUUCCAGUGUGUGCUGUCGCUAGGUACCGGUCGCUACGACAGCGCCAAGAGGGGCCCGGCCACCUCCACCAGCCUGCGUGCCAAAAUCAGCAACCUGAUCAGCAGUGCCACGGACACAGAGGGUGUGCACACCCUUCUUGACGACCUGAUGUCAGCCGACGUCUACUUCCGCUUCAACCCCAUGCUGAGCGCUGAGGUGUCCCUGGAUGAGAGCCGCCCCAAUGCGCUGGAGUUACUGAGGUCCGACACGGAGCUCUACCUGGACCGGAACCAGCACAAAAUGGAGCGGCUGUGCAAGGUGCUGGGCCCAGAGCGCAGAGCCUUGCAGCUCACGGGGGACUGGAUCGGGGAGCGGGCCUGGGAGCUCCGGCAGCGCUGGUCCUGAGUUCUGCACGGGAACCAAGAACCAGAAUCAGAGCCAGAGCCAGUACCAGAACCAGAACCAGAGCCGCAGUUCACCAACAGCACUCCUCAUGGUGUAGAUCAGCCACCUGCUAAGACAUGGUGGCCUGUGGUAGAUUACUCAAAGCACACUGCCCUCAGGCUUAGUGUAAUGGCAUUAUUGGACAGAGAGGGGGCAGCACUGAGACAGACAAGCUUCUGGAUGAUUGAGUAGAGCUUGUUGGGCCAAAUACAACAUAGACCUUAAAUUCAUCAGAAAAUUCAGAUGAAAAUCAAUCAUAAAAAAUAUGAUUAAACUUAGAACCCCCUAUGCCCGCCACUGGCUAUUAACAUUAAGUUUUGGUUUUGGUUUUGAGUUUCUAUCAAGUGUCUGACACUUUGUCACAUUUUACUAAAAUCGCUCCAAUAUAAUGAAAAUAACAUUAUGAAUGUAUGAAUGUAAUGAAAAAUGCAAGCACUUUAAUUUACACUGGAUAUUGUUCUCUGAAUAAGUCAUCAUCAUCAUCAUCACCAUCAUCAUCAUCAUCAUAUACCUCAUCAUACCCUCCUCACAUGGAACACGUGUUUUGUCACAUUUGUCUGGAAUAAAGUGCAUGAUUUUAACAUUGUAAUAUAAUACCAGACCUCAGAGCUGUGAAUGUAAUCUUCUGUACUGUAUCAUGCUAUAAAAGCUGCUUUAGACUUCUACUUUAAUUAUAUGAUGCAGCAUUAAUGUAUAUGAUGCUGUGUGCACAUGUAAGCUGGACUUUAAAAAUCACUGGAAGAUUGUAUGGAUCUAUAUUUUGGUAUUUUGGUAUGAAUAAUAAACUGUUCAUUUGUA